CGUCGUUAGCAGACACUGGUUUUGGAUUUUCAGGUUUCUGUUUUCGAUUUAACUUUUUGAGUACGAAAGAAGUCCCAGGAAAAGAGUAGAAAAUUGAAAAAUUCAGAGAUAGAUGGACUAGUUAUCGAGAAAGAAUAACUGAAAUCACGAGAAAAUUAAUAAAGAAAAAAAAAUAUAGUCAACAAAGAACAACGAGCAAACCAAGAUUGAAAUAUUUUGUAAUUCUUUUCUCUAAGAACAGAGAAGCUGGUGCUGAUCUUUUGUUUUGAGUGAGUUUGUACUUCUGGGUUUUGCUUUUUAAGCCUGAAAGUUUGAAUUUUUGCAAUUGGGUACUGUUGUAGAGAAAAGGGUUGGCCUGAUUUCAGACAAGGGGCUUGAAGCUAAAAAAGGGUUUCUGUUUUGGAUGGUUGAUAUUAGAAAAAUCUGGAAUUUUGGCUAGUUCUUUUGUUUUAGCAGUUUAUUUUUGGUUUUUCUUAUGGUAGCGAAUUUUGGUUUCCCUGUGGGCACAAAUUUUUGGUUUUUAUAGCAAGUUAGUUUGAGCUGAGUCUUAUGAUUUUGAAUUUUCUCUAUAGGUGAUAUAGAAUGUGGGUUUUGGUAGUUGAUGAAUUCUGAUUAGUGAUUAGCAGUUGACUCUUCCUAGUAUAUUUGUGGAAAUCAGCAUUGUGGUAUUAAGGAGGGUGAAUCAUGCUCAAACAGAUUCUAAGUAAGCUUCCCCGCAAGUCAUCGAGGACAUCUGAUAGUCGUGAAAAUGGUGGAAACCAUGCUACUUAUUCUAAUGUUUCUGGUGGUGCGAGGAGCAGUGAUUUAGGAACCGGCAAGCCAGGAAAUUUAAGUUUCUCAUCUUUUCCAGCACCUAAUUCUACGGCAGAUGUUGGAUGUAAAGGAGCAAAUUUGAAGCCCAAUGGGAACCAUGUGUUAUCUUCAUAUGAAGCAUUGCCUGCUUUCAAGGAUGUUCCAGCUUCAGAGAAGCCGAACUUAUUCAUAAAAAAGCUUAACUUGUGUUGUGUCGUAUUUGAUUUCAAUGACCCCACCAAGAACCUUAAAGAAAAGGAGAUCAAGCGACAGAUGUUGUUAGAGCUUGUGGAGUAUGUGACUUCUGCAAAUGGGAGAUUUGCCGAUGCUGUUCUGCUAGAAGUUGUUAAAAUGGUAUCUGCAAACUUGUUUAGGAGCCUUACUUCCCAACCACGUGAGAAUAAUGUUGUAGAGGGCCUUGAUUUGGAUGAAGAGGAACCUUCAAUGGAUCCUGCUUGGCCACACUUGCAAAUUGUAUAUGAGUUUCUUUUGAGGUUUGUAGCCUCACCUGAGACUGAUGCAAAAUUGGCCAAAAGAUAUGUUGAUCAAUCCUUCAUAAUCAAAUUGCUUGACUUAUUUGAUUCUGAAGAUCCUAGAGAAAGGGAAUAUUUGAAAACAAUUCUUCAUCGCACCUAUGGCAAAUUUAUGGUGCAUCGACCAUUCAUUAGGAAAGCUAUAAACAACAUUUUUUUCCAUUUUAUUUUUGAGACUGAGAAACAUAAUGGGAUUGCUGAACUUCUAGAAAUUUUGGGCAGCAUAAUUAAUGGGUUUGCUCUGCCACUGAAAGAAGAACAUAAAGUGUUCCUUGUUCGGGCACUAAUCCCAUUGCAUAAACCGAAAUGCUUGGCAAUGUAUCAUCAGCAGUUAUCUUACUGCAUUACGCAGUUUGUGGAGAAAGACUGCAAGCUUGCUGAUACUGUCAUUAGGGGGUUAUUAAAGUACUGGCCCAUCACAAAUAGUUCAAAGGAAGUCAUGUUCCUAAAUGAAUUGGAGGAAGUUUUAGAGGCAACUCAGCCACCAGAAUUCCAGCGCUGCAUGGUGCCUUUAUUUCGCCAAAUUGCUCGUUGUUUGAACAGUUUGCACUUUCAGGUAGCUGAGCGAGCUUUGUUUUUGUGGAACAAUGAUCACAUUGAGAACUUAAUUGUUCAAAACCGCAAGGUUAUACUGCCCAUUAUUUUACCUGCCUUGGAGAAAAAUGCUAGAAAUCACUGGAAUCAGGCUGUACAAAGCUUGACUCUAAAUGUCCGCAAAAUCUUCUAUGAUCUUGAUCCAGAGCUGUUCAAUGAAUGCUUGCUUAUGUUUCAGGAAGAUGAAUCAAAGGAAGAUGAGAUUGCAGCGAGACGCGAAACUACAUGGAAACGCUUGGAAGAACUUGCUGAAAAGAAAGCUUAUGGCAGUAAAGCAGUGCUCAUUGCCCACAAAGCAAACACCAAUAAUGGCUCAUCUGGUAAGAGAUAGAGAGAUUUGAGCAGUAUCAGAUUUCCUCCUGGGACGGAAGUACCAGCCUUGUCUACUACCAAAAAGGAAUCCGAGAUUGCUGUAUGUAGGUGCCAGCCGUUAGUGAAACUUAAUAAACAUUUUUGUUAAAGUAUUCUUCUUGGUUAGCAUCAAAUUACAUAUCCAUAAACACUCAUUCAAUGGUGGAGGAAAAUAGGAAAAAAAGGUCAGGCUGGUAGUCAACAUCGUGUUAAUCUUAGUUAAAAAAAGGGUUAAUAUGUAAUUUGACUCUUAAAUUAUAUUGCUUUUAAUGAUUUGAUAUUUAUAGAAAAAAUUCGUGAUUAGGUAUUUAAAUUUUAUUUUCGACAAUUAUUUUUCAUCAUUCAAUGAUACCGAUAGACGAAACACUAACAUAGCAAAUUCUAUCAAUAAA